GUACUCCGUCAUUUUGCUUUUUAAAGGACGCCUAUUUGGAGAAAAUACCACCGGAAGAAGAGAAAAAAAGCACGUUGUUAUGUUCAGCACCCCAACAACAACGGAGCACCGAAACGCGGAAUUGUUGCACGCGAGUGAGCGCAUUCAGAAACUGACCACGACCACUGACGUGCUCGUCGCGCGCGAUUUCGUUCUCUCCCAGAAAGAUGAAAUAUUGAAUGAGCUGGAGCAGUACGUGGCCGCCUUAGAGGCGGAGGUGUGCAACACGGAAAGCGUGACGGGGAGUAUUCGCACGCAGUGUGCGCUGCUGCGUCCCGGCACGCGCGGGGCGACCGCAGGCGAAAAUGCGGAGGUAACCGCGCUGUGGAGGCAGCACGGGGCAUCGAUGGCGCGAUUGGUGCGGCAGCACUCGGCGCGGCUUGUAGAGCUUGAGAACACGUUAGCGGUGACGUUGGGGGACGACGCGAGGCAGCCAGCUUUGCCAAAGGCUGUUUUCUCCAAUGAGAAGGAUAGAAACCGAGCAUAG